GAGUCUGAAAGAAACAUGCCACUCCCUCACUAAUAAAUACCAUCUAUACACCUCUAUAUGGCAACAUAGUGUCGAUACCUACAAAAUCGCUAAACAUAAGCCCCCAAACCCACCCCACUCCCCCUUGGGUGGUGGCACAGAAAUCCACAACCA